AUGGCCGCUCAAACGCAACGAUACUCUUCCAAAGACGAAGCUUUUCGUAUUUAUCAAAAUUUACUAGGAGUUUUCGAUCCCAUCUCACUACCACGCGAGGUAGCUCUUCGACAAGGCAAGAUUGACUUCACAGCUGAGCGCGACCAGCCGUAUUUCCCGAUUCCGUUCAAAGAGACUGAAACGACGGCUGCGCUCAAGGCAAUCGAGGGUACCGUGGCCGCUUUACUAGCAGAGACGAGCGGCAAUGGAAACGCCAAAGAUGCCAGAGUGCACGUAAACUUGGAAAAGACGACUGCGUUUCUCUUCCAGGCGUACCUUGCGCGGGUGGGUGGCCUGGGCAAGCUGGACAAGCAAGUCAGAGAAUUACUCAAAGAUACCGAUUUGCUUCAGGCGCAGUCAAACCCGUAUAGACGCAUGUCGGCGAAUCUGUACAAGACCAAGGAGCCUGGUGAAUACUAUCACAUUCAUGGCUCGCUGGAAGCUUCUACGACAUUGAAAAUGAUUGGUUUGGAGUCGCAUCGGCCAGACCUCGAGACCCAUGAACAGAUUGUGGAGGUUAUUGAGAGCGCUGUGGAACAGUUUACCGUGGAUGAGUUGGAGGCCAAGAACAAGGAGCAUCGCCAGGCUGGAGUCAAGGCAUUCAAACACGCCGAUUUUGUCAAAACUCCACACGGCAAAACAAAUAUGGCAUUGCCUCCAUGGUCCGUCGAGAGUCUCGAGUCGACCACACCAAAAGUCGCCCUCCCUCAAACACAAAAAGUCAGACUGCUCUCUGGGAUCAAGGUUCUCGAGCUCUGCCGCAUCAUUGCCGGUCCCGUCAUCACCAGAAUCCUCGCAGAGUACGGGGCAGACGUGCUCAAGGUCACGAGCCCCCACCUCAGUGACGUGCCGUUCUUCCAGGUAGAUGGCAACAUGGGAAAGCACGCUACCGACAUUGACCUGAAAACACCUCAGGGCAGAAGAUUGUUCGAAGAGCUGCUAGAGGACGUGGACGUGGUGGUUGACGGGUAUCGCCCGGGCGCGUUUGACAAACUCGGCUAUGGCCCGCAGAAGCUCGCUGAGCUGGCAGCGAAACGGGGCAAAGGUAUCAUCUACGUCAACGAAAACUGCUUUGGCUACGAGGGAGAAUGGGCGGAUAGGGCCGGAUGGCAGCAGAUUGCCGAUUGCGUAACUGGCGUUGCAUGGGCGCAGGGCCAAUUCAUGGGCCUCGACGAACCGGUCGUGCCACCGUUUCCCAUCUCCGACUACGGCACGGGCUGCAUCGGCGCAAUCGCCGCGCUCGUGGGCCUAUACCACCGCACAACCCGCGGCGGCUCGUGGCACGGCAAGGCGUCGCUGCUGCACUACGACCUGCUGCUCUUCAAGGCCGGUCCGCUGCCCGCGCACGUCCAGGCGCAGCUCCGCGCCGCCAUGGGCGACGAGGUCCUGUCGCUGCGGCACGCCAACAGCGUGGACCAAAUCUCUGGCAGGACGCUGCGGCGGAUGCGGAAUGUGUAUCCAGAGUUUGUGGAUAACAGCAAGUAUAUGGAUCACUGGUACUCGGCUGCGUAUGGAAAGGAUGUCGCGGUUGUCAAGCCCGUGGUGGAAAUCGAGGGUUUGGAUAUAAGCUUUCAGCGGGCGAGCCGACCGAAUGGGACGGAUGCACCUACGUGGGAUUUUGGGAUAGAUGGGGAUUAUAGAAAGUAG